AUGCCCAGAUACAACAUGAACGGAAACCACCUCUUCCCGCCAAACCUGGCGGGCUUCGCCACGCCAGAGGACCAGUCCAAGGACGAGAUAAUCGCCGAGCUCCGGCGCAGGAUCGAGGAGAUGUCGACGUCGGGCAGCAGCGCGGCCUCGAGCGUCGGCGACAGCUCGCAGAGCUGCGCGGGCGGCGGCGGCAGCAGCAGGAGGAGCAGGAGACGGCGGAACCGGAACAAGGGGGCGUUGAUGACGACGACGGCGCCGGUCCAGCAGCAGGAGCAGUACGAGCAGCAACAACAGCAACAGCAACACCAGAAUAGGAGCUCACACAGAAACGGCGGCAAUGCGAAUACGUUUCGCAGCAGCGCGAGCAAUGCGACGGAGGAGAUACCGCGGCCCACCGAGAGGAGAAAGGUCCCCAAGCUCCAGCUGGGUCUGAAUCUUGACCUCGAGCUGGAGCUCAAGGCACGUAUCGAUGGAAAUGUAACCUUGUGUCUGCUAGUCGAACAAGAAGAAACUCCCCGACCACCCUCCUCCAUCGAGCUCCCCCGACCCCCGGGCCCCCUGGCCGAGGGCGCCACCGUCUCGACGGAGCUGUACCACAUGCGAGUCGGCCGCCUGCGUCUCGGCCGGCGCUGGCUCGAGCGGGACGUCAGCGCGUCGCUCACGGCCGCCGCCGUGGCCGCCGUCGCGGUCGCGGGGUUUGCGGUCGGGUUCUUGGUCGCGGCGACGCUGUAG